AUGGAUGGAGAGGUACGAAUUUCUCAGAUGUCGGCAGAUGGUUUGAGAGAUUUGGUGUUGAGCAUGUUUGACAAAGAUCCAUCAAUUAUGUUGAACAUUGUAGACAGGAACUCACAAACUGAAAUUCAAGGAUACCAUCCUAGACCUGAAAGUAAUGCCCCAUCUUGGUGUGUUUGUACCAAGUGCAGAGAAAUGCCCACUGAGGAGGAGAAAAAAUGUUGCAGGCAAACACCACAAAAUUGCACAUCCACAUUACCGGAUUUUGAUUUGGUUGUACUAGAUCCCUUGGUUCUCGUUAUUGCCAGAAGAUAUAGACAAGACGUUUUGGCUGCAGGUGAAGAUGAUGAUUACAAUAAAAGUAACCGCCAUGCCGCCUACAGGCAAUAUAUCUUAUGGGUUCAUGGUCACCUUGGUGCAGGAAACAGAAGGGUCAUUCCAAGUUGUUGUGUCUGGAAGAUUAGAGACAAAUAUCCAGAUAGUUUUGGAAAUUACAGGGGUUUUAUUGGUGGUCGUCUGGGAUAA